UAAUUCGGACUCCCCCACACACACCACAAAAAGAGAGAGAGAAAAAAAAAGGAGGGAGAGGAAAGGGCGGAAAACCCUCGCCGGUAGCAAAAUCCCCCUCCGUCCCCUCCCCUUUUCUGUUCCACAUCGGCGCAGUUGCCCAUGGCGGCGGCAGAGGAGGCGAUUCUGCAGAAGCGGAAGAAGCAGGCGGAGGAGAUGUUGGCCCCGUUACCUUUUCCCCACCUGACGGCGGCUGAAGAGACCCCGCCCAACCCCGAAACCCCAAUCUCGGGAGAGGCGGUGGCGGUGGCGGUGAGGAGAAAGGAGCGGAAGAGGAAGAAUGAGGAGGCCGCGGGCGUGGGGAAGGAGAAAAAGCGAAAGAGUAGGGAGGGGCCACCGGCCCCGGAGGCGAGGAGGAAGGAGCGGAAGCGGAUGCUGAUGCCCAGACAACCAUCUCAUGACCAAAUCCACGGCAUCCAGGUACAAGCAAACCCUCCUCCACUGGCCGGAGGACGAGAUGAAGCGUAUGGCAGGAGUAGCUGCAAGAAGAUCCGCGUCCUGAGCAACCGCGAGAUCAUCAAGAUGAGGAUACAAUUGAGGAAGCACCAGCCACUACCUCAAGGCAUUUUUGACCCAGAGAUUAUUAUGGCUUCCAAUUCCACCCAGCAGGACCCCAAUCAUUCUUCGCCAUUCGGCGCCUUCUUUGACCAGUUCUGCUACAAACCCACCCGCCAAGAUCGCACUCCCCCACUUCCUAGAACGCCUGACCUUCUAGUCAGGCCGCCGCCUCGGGAUCAUCUAUCAUCUGCUUCAUCUCAGCUCAUGACAAAUCACACCUGCAAGAUCAACAGCACCUGUAAGACAACAACCUUCAAGACAAGAUCAGGACCAAACCAAGGAAAUACGAAGGUAAAAGAAAUGGCAAGGGUGAACAAGGAACGAAAACCAGCACCGCUGCUUAGCCGUGCUGAAAAGAGGUCAGACAAAUACCGCCGCCUUCCGUUGGACCAGCUGGUGCCUCCGCCACGCUCCCCUCAUAAGCUACUGCAGGAAAAAUACGCUUCUGACCCGUGGAAGGUCAUUGUCAUCUGCAUGCUCCUCAACUUAACACAGGGGAAACAAGUGAGGAGGAAAGUUAAGGGGUUCUUCAAACGAUAUCCUGAUGCUCAAACUGCAUUUAGUGCUGAUCCUGAAAAGAUGGCCAAGUAUCUGGCUCCUCUGGGUUUGCAGCGUGUAAAAGUAAACAGAAUCCAGAGAUUCUCUAAGGCGUAUGUUGAAGAAGAAUGGACCUACAUUACUGAGCUUUGUGGUGUUGGCAAGUACGCAGCUGAUGCUUAUGCAAUCUUCUGUGCGGGCAGGGCAACAGAGGUGGUACCUGCAGACCAUAAGUUAGUUGAUUACUGGAAAUAUGUUUGUUUCGAGUUGCCCAUGAUUCAGCAAUCUCAGGACAUGCAGGAAGCUGGAGUGACUGAGAUGGAGCAUGCUGUCCCCAAGGUGGAGGAAUUGGCCGUGUGCUGCUAAAUUAAUGUAAAGAUGGCUGAAUUAGUAUAUAGGCUGGUGCAAAUGCUUUUGUUCUCCUUUGGUCCUCAAUGUUCUGUGCUCCUGGUUCAUGCUUGUCUAUUUUGAAACAUCUGAGAGCUUGCUAAUUCUAUUUUGUGAUUACUGAUUACUACUAAGUAGGUUGUAACAAAGUUACCAAGGCGUAGUGGCACUUAGUUUUGCCCGAUAGAAAAUGGGGCGCCGGAAUGAAGUUGAGGAUCAUCUUUAUUCUUCCAAA